UCCGGUUGUGAGGUUUUCUCUUCUUUUUUCACCAUAACGAAAAUAUUGUAGCAGCAAAUGCUUUUUAUUUUCUAUAGAACAGAAACUAAACUCACAGCUGACAUAUUAAGGCGUCAGGAUGUCAGAUCUGCAGGAUCAGCUCGGAUCCAUCAUGGAGAUGAUGGUGAACACGACGCUGACAGAAAUGACCAAAGUUAUCUCAUCAACUCCUCCAGAAGUGACUGAAAACACACCUGAGUCCUCUCAGGAGGAGCAGGUGAUCCAGUUCAGCGUCUUCAUGACGUCUCUGGCUCGAGAUGCUGUGGAGAAGAUCUGCCAGCUGUUCCACGACUGUUCCUCUCUGCUGCAGUUAGAAGUGACACAGGGUGUUGCAGAGAUUGAGGACCUGAGGAGGAGACUGGAGGUGGCAGAGACGGAGCUGAAGCUGGUGCUGGAGGGCAGCGUAGGCCAGACGGAGGUGGAGGAGCUGACGGAGUUGACGGAGGGAAGCAGCGGAGAGACGGAGGGCCGGGUGGCUCCGACCAAUGGAGCAGAAGGAGAGACCGUCCAGAGCCAGCAGCGCUCAGGGAGGAAGACUCGUAGAGUUGUGAUUAGCGGAGAUGCUGGAGUGAAGAGAUCGCCCAUAAUUCACCUGUGGAAAGGCAGAACGUACGAGGAAAGUGUCCAAGCUGUGAUAAUAAAGGAGGAAGGAUUGGAGGCGUUCGCUGACCAGGCGUCGUCUGAUGCCGGUCAGUACAGAGAUGAUCAAGGCCAGGACGAUGACGACGACCCAGACUACCAGUUGGAGCCAGAAGAUCCAGAUGACGGCGACCCAGGAGUCACCACCAGACCUAAACGUGUUGUAAAGCCCCAUCGAGGUCGAGCGAAGAAGGAGAGUCACAACCAGCAGCCUCUGAGCUGCAAACACUGCAGGAAAACCUUCACCAAGCUGCUGCAGCUCAAAGCUCACCAGGUCGUCCACGGGACCGAGAAGCCCUUCCUGUGCUCUCAGUGUGGACGAGGCUUUUCAUUCCAGCGAAGCCUCGACGCACACAGGCUGCUUCAUACGGGUGAACGACCACACACCUGUGAUGUUUGUGGGAAGGGUUUCACCAUGAAGCAGCUGCUGAGGAACCACCAGCGUCUUCACGCUGAGGUCCGUCCGUUUUGCUGUGAACAGUGCGGCAAGAGCUUCUACCGAGCCCACGGGCUGAAGAUGCAUCAGAUGGUCCACACGGGAGAGCGCGCCUAUAGCUGCCAGUACUGCAACAAAAGCUUCACGAUACCAGGUAACCUGCAGCGCCACCUGCGCAUACACACGGGGGAAAAGCCGUACAGGUGCAAGACUUGUGGCAAAAGCUUCAACCAGGCCGACACUCUGAAAGGCCAUCAGCGGAUACACACCGGUGAGCGUCCCUUCAGCUGCGAGACCUGCGGCAAAUGUUUCAUCCAGAAGAGUGCCUUAAAGAUGCACCAGAAGUCUCACUCGUCCUACUUGUCUCACUCAGGCGAGAAGAAGCCGCGGGACUGCGUAGCAUGCGGCAUUACGUUGGCCUGUGUCGACUCGCUUCGCAAACACCUCCUGACGCACGCGGCGACUUUUCCGUGUAUUUGUUUGCUGUGCGGCCAGCGGCUCAGCUCCAUCACUGACCUGCGCUCGCACCAGCAGGAGCACACGGUAGAGAGGCCUCACAGCUGCGGCCUCUGUGGGAAGAGCUUUAAGUCAUCAAGUUACCUGAAGAUUCACCUGAAGACGCACAGCGGGGAGAAGCCCUUCGCCUGCCACAUCUGCGGUCGCAGGUUCACACAGCACAGCAGCCUUAAAUCACAUCAGGUUGUCCACACAGGAGAGAAACCGUUCAGCUGCGACACAUGUGGGAAAUGUUUCAGCAACACAGGAAACCUGAACAGACACCAGCGCAUCCACACCGGGGAGAAGCCGUUCAGCUGUGAGACGUGCGGACGCAGCUUCAACCAGGGCAACAGCCUGAAAGCCCACCAGCAGAUACACACCGGGGAGAAACAGUAUAUGUGCGACAAGUGUGGGAAGAGUUUCUCCUACCUGAGGAACCUGAAGGACCACAAGUGUUUCUACGUCUGAAGCUAAACUCUGAUGAGACGUCUGCCCUGGUGACAGAGCGCUCAGGCUUCCCUGUACCUGUUGUGAGUGGAUCGACAAUAAAAGAAGACUUUGCUGUGAAAGUGUUUUUGGUGAUUAUGAAGUUUGGUUUUCCAGAUUUGAUUUGUUUCACUGCAAAGCUAUCCUCAAAGAAAGUGGUCGGGAUAGAUGCAGUGUGGAGUUAAAAAAAUACUUGGCAGGUGAUUGGAUGAACCAUCUGUCAAUCAAACUGUUACUGAAGCCAGUCAGGAGAAGAGCAGAAACACCUUUUCCAUCGAGAAAAGCCUUCAGUGCCGUUCUUUGUUCUUCUUUCAAUGAAGACAUACACUCUAGUUCUGAUAUAACUGAUGCUAUUGAAGCUACGCUAACCUUUUUGCAUGCAUCCACUAUUAUUAUUUUGAACCAACAGUCACCUCCGUGUUGUGUCACACCCACCUAAACUACGCCCUUAGCCACCAGAAGCUCCUCACAGGACACGGAUUGGUCCAAUCACUGGCUGGCCCAAGUAGGUCUAUCUGCAGAUCCACAGUACUACAGGACACGCCUACUACAGGACACGCCUACUACAGGACACGCCCUCCAAACGGUUGCAGUUCUGUUUAGUUCAGGCACCAAAACUACAUGGUUAGUUUUAUGAAAACAUCAUGGUUUGGGCUAAAAUAAAUAUGUGAUGCUGCGUUUCUUUUACCUUGGAAAUCGGAAGUCGGAGCUGGGAAUGACAUAACACCCAACAAGCAACAUGUCCAGAGAUAGAAGUUGGACAGUACUGUGUUUACGACUGAUUUAAUGAGACACAUAUAAGCCAGAAGUGCUGAUAAACAGUAUAUUACUACUGUUGAUGCAAGGAUUUUGAGGUCGAGGCUCGUCCAACUUUCGGAGUUGGAAAUCCGACUUAAGGGGGGCGUUCCAGUUGAAAUUUCCGACUUCCCAGUUCAAAUGCAACGCAGCAUUAAUCCCAGAAGUUAUUUUGGGGAACGUGUCUUGUAGUAAAGCAGACGUGUCUUGUAUUUAAAUAGACGUGUCUUGUAUUUAAAUAGACGUGUCUUGUAGUAAAGCGGGCAUGUCGUGUACCCUGCCAGACUACAGAUAGACCCUUCUCUGCUGGCCAGACACAAAUGAAUUACUUGAAGCCUGACAAAAUGGAUUCUCGUAUGAUCUUGUUAUAUUGCGAGAAUCUAGCAGCCAUCCAAGGUAACUCUCUCCCCCAAUUUCUACUCUGUUCUCUGUCAAAUAAAGGUGAAAUUGCUAAAACAAAUAAUCUUACAACAUACUGGACACAAGUGCAAAAAAAACCCCAAAAAAACUUGCACUUCCCCUUUAUAUCUAGGUAGUUUAACACCCAGGCUUAAAGGGACCUUCGCGUGACGUUAUCAAGCAGCAGUCAGUGAGUGAGUGUGCUAGCAGCCGUCCUUUUCAGAUGACAUCAAAUUUAGCAGGACUCCAUAAAUACACUACACAGAAUGACACUACGCGUCUACACAAUGAUUCAACUAACACAAACUUUAGCAUAUAACCUCUUUGGAUAAAUAUACAUAUUGUAAACAAGCUACAAAAUGUAGAAAAUACCUUGGAAAAUAGUGUUUAACUCUUAUUAAUAAGGGUCUUAAAUUGUUGCUAAAUUGAUUUAUCAACUUGUAAUACUUUCCAAGACCGUGCAGACACCCUGAGCAUUUAUCUGUGGGAGUAACUGACAAUCUGCAUUUCCAACAUGUUAUGGUACCUGAAUGUACCAAGAGUCUUUUAGUUCUUUAUCUCAAAAAAGUCUGGGUGAAAGUUCAAGAAAAUUAUUAUCAGUUCUUAACUUUUUCAACUUGUUAUACGGUAGAACUGAACUAAUAUAAAGCUGGGUAGAGCUUAGGCAUACUAAAACAAAAACAGUUAAACUUGUUAGCACCACAACUGUAAGAACAGAUACCUCGUUAAAGUCCAGCUGUGUAGGCUUCUAAAAAAAACAACCUGUCGCUUUAAUUGAAGUUUUUGACUCAGAGAUCAAUGUGGCAAAUGGAUUUUAAAGUUUACAAUCCGUUUUCAUUACCUUCCCCAGUUUUACUAGAGCUAUCAUAAACAAUCUCACCAGCCUCUAUUUAAAGUUAGCAGUAUUUUGCUGACAGAUGUUGAAUGAUAUCCCUGAUCUGGGCUGUAACAUCUAACACUAUGUAAGUAUCUGAGUGUAACUGACUGAACAACCCUAUUUAAGUUGUAAGACCAGUAUUUAUAAUGGUUUAACCAACUUGAAGAGUGAUUUUAUUUUCUUGUUUCAGAGGAUGAUCUCGAAUAGAUAAUAUAAUGACAUACAACGGUGAGUUUUUGGAAACGAAGUUGCAUUAGAAGAGCCGAUGUGCUGACAGAGAACAAUACCGAAACAAUGAUUUUGUAAGAAUGUUUCACCUGUAACUUCUCUUGUGGAGUGUAUAUUUGUUAUAUCUCAACUUUGUGACUGUGAGUCAAAAUGAUAAACACCGACAUUCAAAUCUUGA